AUGUAUACAGAAUUCAAUACACUUGGUCGACUUAUUUCAAAUAACAAUACGAUUACUUUUGGAAGUCAAGUGCCACGCAGUUGUGCAAAUUGGAUUUUUGAAAAUAAUACUACUUAUCCUAAUGGCGAUAUCGCAGAAUUAGAUGGAUUAACCCUAACUGAAUGUCGUCAGUGGUGUAAUCUAACAGUUAACUGUGUUGGCAUUUCAUACGUAUUUGGUUACUCUCCUGUCGAGUGUUGGAUUAAGGAAACUAUCGAUUUUGCAGAUGUUUCUAAUGACCCUGCUAAACUGGUUUAUCGUUGCUAUUAA